AGUCAUCCCCUGCUUGGGGGCUCCCUUGGCUUGCUGGAGUGCGUGUGCUUGAGCGUGUGCCAGGAGACGGGGAGGGUCUGCUUUAAAGGACCCUGGCUGAGAAAAACACUCCUCAUCUUGCAACAGAAAUGGCUUUGCGAUAUCAGACAGGUAGAAGGAGAAGCAGUGCCCCCUUCCAGCCCACUCACACACUUUUCUGCCCUGAGCUUCCCACCCUUUUAGCUCAGGCUGAAGGAUGAGAAGACUCCCGCUGACUUUCCGCUGUCCAGGCCUCUGGUUGACUUCUCCGCACUUUGCUCUGCUUUGCAGGCUGGGCAUUUUCCCGUCUCUCGCUACGGCGCUUCCUUGCUCUCUCCUGGGAGUUGCUGGGUUGCUGGUUGUAGCUGCGCUGAUGUAAGGACAUUGGCAGACAAGAUGCUUUGGGUCGAGGCGAUAUCUUUUAUUAGACCGACUGAGUAGUCGGAAAAAAGUUCUUUGCUCUCCCGGGAGUUGUGUUUUAGGCCCUGGCUCUGAUGGGGAAACUACACCCAGAUGUGACCUACACAGGGAAGAAUAUCUGUGGGCUUUGGCCCGUUCUCUGCUUCCUUAUCAUGUAUAAAUAGUGUUGGAAAGAGUUUCAAGUCUGUUUGCCUGCCCCCACUUCCCCAAAUGCUUUCUGCCCAUAGAAAUUCUCCUCCUGUUGGUCCAGAAGUAUUUAUGAUGCCGAAAGGCGGGUGAAAUGAUGAGAGUGCAACAGCCAAGAAAGUGGAAGUUGAGCAAUUGAGAGUAGAAGGAGAUUUUAAUUGGAGCCUUUCAAACUCUCUCUCUCUUGUUCACACCUUUUUAAUUGAAACCGUCAAGUCACGUUUUGGAGAAAGCAAGUCUAAGUUAAACACUUAGGACUGUCAGCUCUCAGCCGAAUGUGUGAGUGCUCCUAGGAUUGGAGAUGUUGGGCCGCUCUCCAGAAUCCCAAUGUUUUCAGGUUUAUAUUGCCUUUUUUUUCCAUAAAGAGAAAAAGAUGUGCAGUAAAACCCCAUUUGUGGGUCACAUUUGAGCUCCAUCCAGUCCCCCUGUCUUAAUGAAAUACAAAAAGUCCUAGGUUGUUACAGCUCUCCCUACAGAACUGAAGUUUGGGGCCGAAAGUACCAAACUGUUCCUUUAAUUCUGAUUUUUUCCCCCAGCUGCUAAUGGUUUAUGGCAGAUGAUGUCAUCAGACUAUGUUAAUGGUUUUUGGGGGUUGGUUUUUUUUUUUUUUUUACCUUUUGCAUCUUUCCUAAUUUCAAACUAAGAUCGUAGAAGACGACCCUCUCCGUUCUUCUCUAAGCGAUCACAGCUGCUACAGACGUCGCUGCCAGAGGCAUGCGCUGAAACGUCGUCCACUUCGGGAGACAGCGGCUUGCGGGCCAGUUUAGGGAGUGGGAAACCCCGAGCCCCUCGUGGAAGAUGCUGUCCGGGAAGGUGGAGAAAAGGAUUGCCUCGUCCGUAUACAUCACCCUGGCCCCGCCAAAGCGGGAUGUGGCCGUCAAGGGAGGCAUUAGGCCGGAGGUUUGUCAGCCCAGCUCGGAGCCUCUCAGGGAGGCUGCAAAACCUGCGGGGACUCAGCCGCUCCAAGCGUCGCCCCCAAAGAAGUUGCCCUCCAGCUGCCCUGCUGGCAAGCAGAAUGGGAGGACCCUGGGACCCGCCGGGCCGUCUCCUGGCCGGGGGGGCUGGUCCAAUGGAGGCUUUUCCUCCUUUCCUCGCCCGGCUGAUGUCCCCACGGGCUCUGCCCCGAACCUCCCCCCGCCGCCUCCUCCUCCGCCGUGCCUUCUCGCAGACGCGCCGCACGCCCGGCCGGCAGAGACCCUCAUCCCCGACCUGCAGAAGCUGGACGUGGCCUCCCCCAGGCCUCUGCAGGUACAGCAGGCCUCAACUGUGUUCCCAGCAGAGCAGAGGCAGCACCACAGCCAGCUGAGCAGCCUGGCGCAAGCCCGGGAGCAGCAGGACCCAAAGGAGGGUGUGAACGGGCACCUGGACAGAGACGUCUCCAGAGAUGUCUGCGCCUUUUGCCACAAAGCCAUAUCCGCCCGGGCACCGGCCAUCGAGGCCAUGCGGAAGCAGUACCACGCGGACUGCUUCACCUGCCGCGUCUGCCACUGCCGGCUGGCGGGCCAGCGCUACUACCAGAGAGACGGCCGUCCAAUAUGCAACUCCUGCUACCAGGACACCCUGGAGAAAUGUGCCAAGUGCCAGGCCGUGAUCCUCAAGCACAUCGUCCGAGCCCUGGGGAACGGGUACCACCCGGCGUGCUUCACCUGCGUCGUGUGUGGCCGGGGCAUCGGGGAUGAGAGCUUUGCGGUGGAUGAUCAGGACCAGGUGCACUGCGUCGAUGACUUCUACAGGAAAUAUGCCUCCGUAUGCAGUGCCUGCGAGGAGCCCAUCAUCCCGAACGAGGGCAGAGACGUCUACAAGAUCGAGUGCCUGGGGCGAAACUUCCACGAGGCCUGCUACCGCUGCGAGAACUGCAGGAUUGCCCUGUCCCCGGAGCCGACCGAGAGUGGCUGCUACCCGCUGGACAGCCACAUCUUCUGCAAGGCCUGUCACCUCAGCCAGAAGAACGAGUCGUCCUGCUAAGGGACCGGGGCAGGCGUCUCUGGAGAACUGCGGAUGCCGUCACACGGCAGAGGCGAGCCAUCGUAGUAUGUUAAAGCGUGUCCGUGUUCUUCCCUUCUCUGUUCACUCAUGUCCUGCCCUGUCCUGAUGGUCUCUGUUGUCAUGGUAGGACUGUGCUAAUUCCCUGCUUCUGGUUUGGCCAUGAGAGGUGGCGGAGGGCUGCCUCCCUCCAUCCCUAUGGCUCCUUCUCCCCUGCACCGGCUCCAGGUCCCACGUCAAACAGCUCUCAGUACCUGCUAUGGGGACAUCUGAGGAGAUGCCAGAGACUGCAAUCAAACUCCUGGCCUGCUAAACUAACUCCCUUGCUGCCUUACCAUCAUGGAGGAUCUUCCCGGUGGAGUUUGCAGGAGAGCUCCCCACUCUGGGUGUUAGUAGGAACACAAGCAACGAGACCGUGAUACUAACACUGGGUGAAAGCCAGCCUUGAGCUGUGGCCAACACCCCUCCGACGAGGACGGCAGCAGGAUGGAGGUGAUGGACUCAAGUGGGGCUGGCUUCAUACCCAGGAGGGCAUCUUCCCCUUCCCCGACAGCAGGUAACACUCAUUGUCUUCUGGCUUCCUGAAGCCUCCGCCUGAGUCCCGACUCAGCACGGUACCACGGAUGUUGCGAAGGAAGAGCAUUGCAUCCCGAAAAUGAGACUGGUCCAGCAGCAGCUCAAGGCCUGAUCCUUCUGGCCGGACUCGAGGGAGUAAGGGCCAUAGGAGCAGGCCUGUAAUUAAGAUCCCAUCUUCCAUCGUUCCUCAGCGACUGUGAUGAAAUGGAGCUGCUUACUCCAAUGGAGGAGGCCUGAACGUGGGGCUGCGGGAAACCGGGUUUUGUAUGACUCUGAUGGCAAACUCCAAGUGCUGUUGUGUGUCUUGCACAUCUCUGCAGAAUUAAGCCUUUUCCAGGGGCUUCAAGCCACAGGAGACCAGCUGAUGUGCUACCCAUGUAUUAAAACAUGGGGUCCCCCCAAUGCACCCUUCUCCCCAGUCUGUGAAUUUGAGGUCUGGUGAGGAAGGGACUGGGGAAGCUGGUACUGUAUUUUGAUUUCAGUGGAAGAAGCAGUUUCAAACUGUACCGGGUGAGGCAGAAGCAUCACUAGACAAACAAGCCUCCACUAAACUUGGUGGUAUAGGAGGCAGUGUUGGGAUAGUGGACAGAGCACUGGCCUGGGACUCAGGAGACUGGGCUUGGCCACUUGCCUGCUAGAUGAAAUUGCCCUUUGUGCCUCAAUUUCCAUGGCUGUAAAACGGGAAUAAUGUCCUGACCCACCCGCCCUUCACUUUGUGUGAAGCGCUUCGUAGCGUGAUGGAGGGAGUUGUCGCAGGUCGGUGCUGGGGGUGGUUGAAGAGCUGGCUGCAACCCGUAUGGCACAAGUGCAGAGUUGUUUGAAACAGGCUGAGGAGGGAAGGCAGUGGGAGCUUUGAGGAUUAUCUGGCAGUGUGAUCCAGCCCACGGCAAAGGCAGCUUGUCAGCAAUUAUUUUUUACAAGCAUCUGCAGAGAGGCGGGGUUCCAGCAGCAGAUGGGAAGCUGGCCGCCCCCUCCGCCUACGGCCGGCCGCUGGUAAGAGUGCUAGCACUAUCGGAGAAGGCAUCCGAGCGAGAGGAAGCAUCUUGGCCUCGCUGCUUGUGGCCCAGCCUGUCCCCACCCUUUGGGCACCGAUUUGUGCUCCCUGCUUCCGGUGCUGAGGCCACUGUGCCUGCCAGGAACCACAGGAAGGGAAUCAAGCAGCCUCGGCCUGUGUCCACACCAGUUGGUCUCCCCCUGUCCACACCACGCUCCCCAGGAAGAUGGACCAUGGGCUCGAGGCUUUGCUGAUCUCUUUGAGUAACUCACACUGAUACUUCAGCCCGCACACACCUCCACGGGAAAUGAAACACUCCAGAUGCAAGAUGACAUCCAAGGUUGCAUCCCUCCAGGCCGGGGCAAGCCCUGAAGAGCUGCUCAUUUAAGGCAGGCAAAAGUUCAGGCCCCUGAAAGCAGGUGCACAUCCUUAUUCCCUAUGGAAACUGGUAUUCCUUGUGUACUCAAAGCUUCAUCUGCAAAGAAGAUGGCACAAGGAGCCUGUGCCUUUCAUGUCAGCCAAACGCUCAGAGCACGAGCACUUGCUUAUCUUUGUGCUGGAAGAGCGGGAGGUUGUGGUCGUGGUCGUGGUCCGCUCAGCGUGUUAGCACUGAACCAGGCCGUUCACACGUCAUGCUCUUGCACCAGCACAAAAUGCUGCCAAAAUUCACUCCCAAGCUGUGGUUUUCAACCUGUGGUCCACAGACUCCAUGGGGGUCCACAAGUUAUGUCUAAGGGGUUCACGAAAGAUAACUGUGAUCAAUCCAAAGGAUGUGAAUCCCCACCCUGACAAUUCAAAGGGGUCCACACCUCCAUUUGAAAUUUCCAGAGGGGUCUGCAAAUGAAAAAGGGUUGAAAGCCAUGGCCCUAGAGGAUCCCUCUGUGGGGUCAGGGUGACUGCUGAAACGCUGCAGCAAAGGGGAGCAGGUGUGUCUCCGGUGGCAGCAUGCUAAGCGAUGGCACAGGUCCGGCGUACCCCAGCACACCGCAUUUAGAGGGCUCGUUUCCAGCUCGGUGCUCCUGGUAGAUUAUUGUUCAGUACGUGCAUUGUGGUAGCACCUCAGUCCCCCCGUUGUCAGCCACGGCGCCAGAGGCUAUACAAACAGAGCAGGAGGGUUCCCCAAAGAGCUUGACACUUCAAGCAUGAAGCCACAUCUUCACCACUGGAAAAGGCAUGUGGUCUCCCUUUAGCGUGAUAACCACGUGUGAUACAAUCCCACCAGAGACGGGGCACGUUUUACCGUGGUAUGGUCGGAUGAGCUACGUGAGGUUUGACUUUUCCUUAGGGCAGCUCAACCAAAACUGCGGGGUUUUCUCUCUGCUAGGAUUCUGCAAUGAGAGAGACAAUGCAAGCUAGGUCCUCCCUCUAGAUGCACACCUUUCUGGGCAGUAACCACCAGGCCUGAAAUAAAAGACCACUGGGUCACACAGGUAGGCCCAAGAGAAAAACGGAGACCAUAUCGACAGCAGUGUGUCAACUAGGUUCUGUUUCACCCAGAGCUGCUUCUUCCCUGAAUCCUACAGGAACGGAGCAUGAUUUGGUAACAGAUUUAAGAUGUGGGUGGCUGUCAGUGUGCAGGGCACCAUAGCGUUUUAGUGGGGUUUGUCACUGUAAGAGGGCUGUAAGAAAAACAGCAUUACAAUGCAAGACAGGGAAAAAAUAAAAACAGCAGUCCCUUCUUUUUCUAGACAGAUUGUAACUUCCUUGCCAUCCUUUCGUGGUUAUUUCAGGAAAAAGGCAAGGCGCCUGAUGGGUUUAUGUAAAUGUAUUGAUUUAAGAAAACAAUCCUGCUCCCAGAUGACAUGAUCCUGUGUAAAACAUUUUCUUCUUGAAACCUGAGUAAAAAAAAAUAAAAAGCUGCCAUGUG